AUGAGUAUGGCUCCUACUGUAAAAGUGGUUCUUGGGUCAAUUGCCUUUGCUAUAUUCUGGGUUUUGGCAGUUUUCCCGGCUGUCCCAUUCAUGCCCAUUGGGAGGAUUGCUGGGUCUCUCCUUGGGGCUAUGCUUAUGGUCAUUUUUCGAGUCAUAACACCAGAUCAAGCAUAUGCGGCUAUUGACCUUCCAAUCCUUGGUCUUCUUUUUGGGACAAUGGUAGUCAGUGUCUAUCUUGAAAGAGCUGAUAUGUUUGUGUACUUGGGUAAAUUGCUCUCCUGGAAAAGCAAGGGAGCAAAGGACUUACUUUGUCGAAUCUGCUUCAUUUCUGCCAUUUCCAGUGCCUUUUUCACUAAUGACACUUCCUGUGUUGUUUUGACUGAAUUUAUACUCAAAAUUGCUCGGCAGCAGAAUCUCCCUCCUCACCCGUUCCUAUUAGCCCUUGCCUCGAGUGCAAAUAUCGGGUCAUCGGCAACCCCUAUUGGCAAUCCUCAAAACUUAGUUAUAGCUGUUCUGAGUAAGAUUUCUUUUGGGAAAUUUUUGUUUGGUAUUUUCCCAGCAAUGCUUGUAGGAGUAUUUGUCAAUUCUUUGAUCCUGCUCUGUAUGUAUUGGAAGUUGUUAUCUGUUCAUAAGGAUGAAGAAGAUGCCACUAUGGAAGUGGUUGCUGAAGAAGACAUAACCUCACAUCGUUUUUCUCCAGCAACGUUGUCUCACCUCACAUCUUCAAAUUCUGGAGAAUGGAAUUCCGGACUGGAAUCUAUGAAUGUUUACAGCUCUCCUAAUCCCAAUGGCUCUACAAAUCAUAGUGAGACUCUUAGAAACCGAGGAAAUUCGAUUGAUAGUGAUAGUAUUCAUGGCUCUCGUAAUGAAAAUAGUUAUACAAAUCAUGUUGAGACACUCGGGAAUGGUGAGAAUCCAAUUAUAAGUGAAAUCCAGAAGGUCCCUAGUUUGCAAUCUGAAUCCGUUGGGCAUUCAAAGUCUUGGAAAGAAAUGGCAAAUGAUGGAUUUAUGUCUUCAAAAUGUAUUCCAUCUUUGAAGAGUAGUGAAUAUGGAAGCUCAGAAUUGCCGGAAAAGUGGAAAAGAAUUUUGUGGAAGGCGUGCGUUUAUCUUGUUACCAUAGGAAUGCUAGUUGCUUUGCUGCUUGGUCUGAAUAUGUCGUGGACUGCAAUUACAGCUGCACUUGCCCUAGUUGUUCUCGAUUUUAAAGAUGCCCGACCGUGUAUAGAAAAGGUAUCCUAUUCGCUCUUGAUAUUCUUCUGCGGUAUGUUUAUUACAGUCGAUGGCUUCAACAGAACUGGAGUUCCUAGCACUCUGUGGGAUUUCAUGGAGCCUUAUACAAAGAUAGAUCAUAUUGGAGGAAUGGCUGUUUUAGCUGCUGUCUUAAUCGUGCUCUCAAAUUUGGCAUCAAAUGUUCCUACAGUUCUACUGCUUGGAGCACGAGUGGCAGCUUCUGCAGCUGCAAUAUCUCCUGCUAGUGAGAAGAAAGCAUGGCUCAUCUUAGCUUGGGUGAGCACAGUUGCAGGGAAUCUCUCUCUCUUGGGAUCGGCUGCCAACUUAAUAGUGUGUGAACAGGCUCGUCGGGCUCACUAUGGCUACAAUUUAUCAUUCUGGAAUCACCUCAAAUUUGGAGUUCCCUCCACUAUUAUUGUAACAGCUAUUGUGUAUGUUCAAUACAGGGUACUAUAUGGGAUUAUGAUUGUUUCAAUGAGUUUUGAGUUGGCGAUUGGAAAAGCUUAUGAGGAUAACUGUUCCAUUGGCCACGGACCGAAUUGGUUUCAAGGGGAACUAGUUGGUUCUUUAUCUACUGUAGGAAUCAAAUUGGACCAGGAUCGGCAUUAA